CUCAAAGUUCCAAGUUCCUUAAAGUUACCAAGGCACCCUUGCAGUUGGUUCACGUCCCCCCUAAGCUUCAUCUUCCUCCCCUUUCCAACUUUUUCUUUCUCCAGACACGUUCAUUCUCUGGUAUCUAUUCUCCCACUCUCUUUCUUCUCCUCCUCCUAUCUAUUCUUACUCUCGUUUCCCUUCACGUGUUAUAAUUCUUUCUAUUCCAUUUUAGCUCCUACUUAGCAUGUGGUGAAAGCCGCACUUAUUCUCUCACCUUGACCCGAUGGAACCCCGCGUACUCGUAAAACAAUCGCAAAACAGAGCAAGCAAGGGAUAAAUAUUUACAAGUUUAUUCGAUAGCUUUUCUGCAUUUACACAUGGAGGAGAACUAAAUACUCAAAAUGGGUUGGCUAAAUUUCUUAUCAAGAAAGUCUCCCGUUAGCAAUUUAGAUGAUGGUCUCAAAGCCCAAGCUUAUGAUGAGACUGUGGCUGCGAAUCCUCCAAUCCGCGGCACCUAUCCGGUAGCUGGCAAUGGCGCCAGUAUUUUGGAGAAAUUCCAGAAAUCUCAUCCGCAUUUGAGAGAUACGAAUUUCAAUGCAUCUCCUCUACCGCAUCCUGCACUCCCUCCGUUUCUCGAACGCCCUAACACGGCGCCGGCUCAUCGAUCACCGGAGGGAUCCGCACGGCCAAAAUCCCAAUCAGCGAGCUCAGUAAAACCACUACCGCCUCCCCCCAAAAAGCGACACGGCCCGUAUAAGCUCCCUUCAAAGUUACCAGACGAACGAAACGACGAAAUCACGAACAAAUCAAUCUAUAGUGUGCCAUCCCCGACUUUCACCCGCAACCGGAACUCUUCAAUCCUUAGUACGGAUUCAAGUUCAACCAGGAGAUUCGUUGAUCUCUUGGAUGCUCACUCAUUCAUUAAGCCAUCUGACUUUUAUGGUCGCGUCAAGGCCACUGGUGCAAAAGAUUAUGGUGAAGAUGUUGCAGAUCGUAAUAUUCGCGAGAGUAGAUCUAGUAUUAAUCCUACGCAGGCCGACGAAAUCUUUGCGAAGAAUUUCGCUUUCGGCGCUCAUGACGAUAGCAAAGAUGUCAACCGGCCUCCAUCGUCAAGGAAAAGGCAUUCCGUCGGAUCUGGGCUACGAACUAAAUCAAUUAGCUCCAACUUCCAUAGCACACUACCUGUGAUUGCGUCCCCAGAGCUUCCCCAAGAAAGCGAGGACACGAGCGUAGCAGAACCGGUUCGAAAAACGCCUCGUCGAAAAUCUUUACAUUCAUAUAUCCCUCCGUCAUCCGCAGAGCGCUGUGCAGAAAGACCGAGAAGUGCCUCGCUUACAAAACGAGGAGAAAGAAUAGAAUUAAACUACUUCCCUGAUUCUCUUCGAGAGAGAGCUCGGGCUGUGGCUCAGGAAGGGUUUGAACACGACAUAUCUAUGAACUUAAGCCAGGUGGUCAAUUCAAUACGCCCCUUGAGAGAUGCCUACGAGGCUCCACCUUAUAAGCAGGAUUCAGACGAUGAUGUCUAUCAUGAUUGCCACGAUUAUAGACAGGACCCGCUAACCCAGAUGGAUCAAUACCGAUCUGUCAAGAGCUCUUCUGGGCAUAGAUCCACGUCAAAUGUGUCGUCGUUGACUGCAUUCAAACAUCCAUCUAAGAGCGGAAGCCUACAAACAUCUCAGUCAUCCAACAGGAGGGGAUCGAUUAUUCAGAGCAGCCUGCCGGGGGUAGAGGAGGAUUUGCAUGUGCAAAAGAACCGCAAGUCAUCAAGGCAUGAAUAUGGGGCUAAAUUUGAUAUCCACGACUCAUUCUAUGAAUUCUCAUCGUCAAACAUUGUGGAACCAUCAGCUUCGAAAUUAACCUACAGCCGUCCUAAUAGCAGAGAUGAACAGAAUUAUCGUGAUCGGAAUCGAAGUGUUGUUUCUGUGUCCGCGAAGAGCAUGAAACACUCCGGAACGGGGGAUGUAGUUCCAGAACGAGGUAGUAGCAUCCGCCGUUGGUCGUUAACCUCUGAAACGGGAGGUUCUACACAGAGCUCGAAUCCAUUCAGGCCGCAAUCUGGACACACCACUAAUACAUCUGUCGAUCUUACGCCUCGUGUACCAUUACCCAAGACCAUCGAAUCACAUCAAACGUCCCCUCUAUCCGAAAGCAACCAUGUAAUAUCUGAAAAUCAAUCAGAAAUUGAUACGCAGGAGCCGUUAUACCACGAAGUUGACCCUGAGUUAUUAGCAGGCUCUAGCCGACGACAACGCUCUAUGGAUUUUGUUAUCGAUGAAGAUGCCUCGUCAAUUGAUUCUUUUGAUAACCCUCAACAUUCUGCUGGCGAAUUCGAAAAGGACCUUCUCUUUCAAGGCUAUGGCUUUGGAGGAUUUCAACUACCAGGACUUCCAGGAUUGUUUGAUGCAGGUGUAUCGAAGCCUAGAAAAAAAUUAUCUCAACGAACACAUUCGUUCUCUGCGGGUAGAGACUCUCAUCACUUAACUGCUCCGGACCCAGACUUUGAUAUUCUUCCGCUAGGUUCCCGGUACUCAACCCGAUCUUUAAAAUAUACAUCUCGCCCUAGGUCAUCUCGACUACCAAUGCCGGAUUUCAGUGAUAGUGAUUCGGAAUUUGACGAUGGCUCUGAGGUCCAAUACGAAUCCGAAGAAGAUAUCAAUUUCGAUAUCCCUCGAACACGUUCGAUUGAGUCUAGACGCCAGUCAUAUAGCAGCAGACGUCGAUACGAAAUGACCACGGAAUCGCUAAGAGGGAGUGAUACCGUGUUCCCCGACAUCUCAAGGGUUGCGCAUCUUCGCAGGGAGACAAAAACAAAUCAGCGUGUGAGUACUGGCUCGCUACGCAAGGCGAAAGGCAAGGGGAAGGCAACCGAUAUUGGUAUCCCCAGAAUUGGAUUAGACGACCCAUCGAAUUAUGCAGAUGUUGAGUGACGAGACGACGAGAGUUCACAAUCAUAUUGAGGCGCGUUGGAUAAAUGCGCAAUGCACAAGCACUACCACAUAAUACCCCCUUUUCUCCUUUCCAUCCAAACAGAAUUCCUUGUUUCAACACAUACACACGUACACACGAUUGUAAUGAAUACUUUUACGGUUUAAUGUUCGGCGCAUUGAGCUG